GAAAACCCACGUAGACAUUUUCUCUAUAUCAUAGUUGAAUACCCUACCCAAUGCCCAGUAAAACACAUCAGAAGAAGUGAACAAUUCCCCUUCUAGUUAUUUACUUAAGCUAAGAAUAAACAAACGAUCCUCCUAUUUAAUACCACAUUCUUUUUUUUUUUUUUUUUUUUAAAAAAAAAAAUGGUAAAACUCGCCCCAGUCAACCCACGCAACUACAUGCCCUCGCGGGCAGACCCAGAACACCGCUCGCGGCGCAAGGAACUCGAAAAAGAGCACCCGUUCACGUGGAAAGAGCCGUUGGUGCUCGGCAUGAUCGGCAUCGGACUGGCCUGGAACAUCGAGAAGCAAGUCCAGAAGCGCGAAGAGCGGAAGGAGCGCGAGGAGCAGCAGCAGCAAGGCCGAGACAGCAACAAUGAUCGUCGCCGUCGAAGAAGGGACCAAGAGGGCCGUGAUUGUGGUUCAUAUGGUCCUUGGAGUCAGCAGGAUGGCGAGAGCAGGAGAAGUAAGAGUAGCAACAAAGGCAGCAGCGAGGAUAGGCGAAGAAGCCAACAUAGGAGCGGUGGUAGCGACCACAGCGUAGGGAAGGACACGGUAGAACUUGAGCGCAGCAGAAGAAGUAAUCGUGAUCGCGUGCAAUCGGUUGAUGUGAGACGGCACGAGGACCCGAGGUAUAUCAACGACGACCGGUAUUACGAGCAAUCCCGGUACGAUAGGGGGUACGACGACGACGACCGGAGAGAAUGGGACCGAGAGUACCGCGGUAGAAGAAGCCGUCGCGAUUCCUGGUAAUAAUUAACAAUUAUAUUAUAUUCUCCGUAUACACGACGUACCCUCAUCGCCGCCU